UAGUACAGUACAUAAUAACCGUGUCUCUCUAGUUUUUCCUGGGAGGAGGCGGCGGUCCUUGGCGGUCGUGGUGUCCUCAGACUUCUGGCCGUUGGGGCUCAGUGGGACCUGAAGCUGCUGGAGGUGGAAGCGGAGCGCUCGGCCUCCAUCACGGUCCUCUGUGUGUCUGAAUGUCCCGCAGGCCGCCUGCUGCAGACCGUCAGGGAGCAGGACGACGGAGUGUGUGAGCUGCAGUCGCUGCGUCUGUUGUCGUUUGCCGCCGGCCGCGGCUGCGUGCUGCUGAACCGUGAUUGGCUGCUGCAGCUGCAGUGGCAGCAGACGGAGGCGGAGCCGCAGAUGUUGUCCUGCUGCAACAUCCGGCUGGCUGACGGAGACGGACACUCUGCCGUCCACCAGUGUGUCUGCAGAGACACUCUGUUCAUCCUCAGCUCCACCGGACUCAUAUCUGUGUAUGACAUCACUGAUGGAGGUCUGCUGGCCAGCAUCGACCUGCCGGCUUACCUCACUCUUCUGCAGCCGGAGGAUGACCUCGUCUCCUCCUCUUCCUCCUCCUCCUUCUGCCUCCUCCAGGUGUCCUCUGACCUCAGCACAGCUGUAGCCGUCACUCAGUCUCACAGCGCCGUCGCCGUCGACCUCGACCACUACUUCAGUUUGUAUCCAGACCACCUGCUGUGUGCCGCUCCCCCCCGUCGCCCCUCCAUCCAGCCCCAGGACCAGAGAGACCAGGACGGCCUGUCGAGCUCCGCCUGCAGCCUCGCCGCCCUCGGAGCGACGUUCAGGGCCGACCGCUCCUGGGACGCUCGUCUGGCCUCCAUGUACAGCAGAGCUUCAUCCUCCUCCUCCUCCUCCUCCUGGUCCUCCUGGUCCUCCUCCCUCCUCCACCUGGAGCCCCACAGGGCCUCCUCGUCCCACAGCCGAGUGCCUCGCGGCGGGUCCGCCGUCUCUUUCGCCGUCCCCGAGUCGUCCGCUCCGUCUCUGCUCACCGUGUCCGAGUUCUCCGCCCAGCUGACCUUCGUCUCCCCCGGCAACGGAGGGACCACUGCGGCAUUGUGGGACUUUGAGUCCGGCGGCGUGAGCCUCCACCGGGCGGAGGGCGAGGCGGCUCCGCUCCAGCGCUGUGGAGAGAGACAGCACCGACUGCUGCUCAGGAGUAAGAACACGACUCUGUGGAGUUUAAUGUGUGAGAGUGAUGAAGAAGAGAACUCACUCUUCAUCGUCCAACUAACUACACUAACCCUGAGUGGACACAUCAUCUCAGUCUCCUCACUAACACUCAGUGGACACCUCGUCUCA